CACCAGCUGCGCAUUGCCCACCGCGACAUCAAGCUCGAGAACGUGCUAAUCGACAAGAGCCUGGGCAUCAAGCUGAUUGAUUUCGGGUUCGCGCUGGAGUCCUCGGACCGGCUCAAGUCCUUCUGCGGGACGCCCUCGUACAUGGCGCCUGAGAUGGUCCUCAAGAAGGGCUAUGAUGGUCGGCGGGUGGACGUCUGGGCCCUGGGAGUGCUGCUCUACCGGCUGGUGGUCGGCGCCAUGCCCUUCAAAGGAGCAGACGAAAAGGCCCUCUUCGGCAAAAUUCUCCACGGGGUGUUCAAGCUGCCCGCGGAACUUAGCCGCCCGCUUGCCUCGCUGCUGACGGGCAUGCUCCGGAAGAAUCCGAGGAGCGGCUGA